AUGAGGUUUAUCAUGUGCUGCACAUUUGCUUUAACGGCCAGUGAAGCCGUGUUUCUUGCUUCAGCCUCCUCGAACCUUGAGCACAGAGCGCAGGCAAAUGCGCCUUCUGGUUAUGCUCCAGCUCCUGUCUCUUGUCCAGCCAUACGGCCAACUAUUCGACCGGCAACAGGCCUUUCAGCCCAAGAAAUCUCUUGGCUUAAGCUUAGACAGAACAACACUUUAUCUGCUCUGGAGACUGUUCUUUCUCGGGCAAAUAUCACAGGCUUAGACAUUACAGAUUACUUUGGUAAGAUUGCUAGUCAGAAUGGAACAAUACCGAGAAUCGGUAUUGCGGUAUCUGGCGGAGGAUAUCGUGCAUUGAUGAACGGUGCUGGUGCUAUUGCGGCAUUUGACAACCGUACGACAAAUUCAACAAGUCCAGGUCAAUUAGGAGGGCUUCUCCAGGCAGCAACAUAUCUGAGUGGGCUUUCUGGAGGCAGCUGGGUUGUGGGAAGCUUGUUUAUUCAAAAUUUUACUUCGGUCGAGUCUAUAAUCAGUGCCACCGGCGGCUUUCUCAGUACCCUCUGGCAAUUCAAUAAUACGAUCAUCGAGGGGCCAGACACACUGUCUUUGAGUCAAUACUAUCGUCAACUCUACCAAGAUGUUACGGAUAAGGCCGACGCAGGUUACAACACGACAAUCACCGAUUACUGGGGCCGAGCAUUGUCAUAUCAGCUUGUCAACGCCAGUGAUGGAGGACCCGGUACAGUUCCAAUGCUUUUGAAGCCAUGGGUAAUCUUGAUACUAAAGCCGUCUGCAGCUUACACUUUUUCAUCUAUUGCCGAUGACAAAGAGUUUCUCGAGGCUAAAACCCCAAUGCCCAUCAUAGUUGCAAUUGAGCGACCGUCCGGUGUUCUUCAGAUCUGGGAGAAUUCCACUAUCUUCGAGUUUAAUCCUUGGGAAAUGGGUUCCUAUGGGAUCGGGAACCCAGCAUUUGCGCCAUUGAAAUACGUUGGCUCAAACUUUAGCAACGGCGUCCUCCCAGCCCGCGAAACAUGUGUUGCCGGUUAUGAUAAUGCAGGUUUCAUCAUGGGGACUUCGUCUUCACUUUUCAAUCAAGCUUUCUUGCAGAUUCAAAGAGCACCUGAUGUACCUGACUUUCUCCUUCGAUCCAUAAACCAAACACUGGCGAAUAUUGGCCAAGAGAACCGGGACGUUGCGAGUUGGCCCAACCCAUUUUAUGGCUAUAAUAUAGGUUCCAAUAUGAAUUCGAACUUCACCACCUUGACAUUGGUCGAUGGUGGAGAGAACCUGCAGAAUGUUCCUCUGGACCCCCUCCUUCUGUCCUACAGGAACGUCGACAUCAUAUUCGCCAUAGAUGGUUCAGCCGACACGACGACCUUUUGGCCAAACGGCACAGCGCUCGUUGCGACAUAUCAAGGCUCUGACAGUGGGUCCACUGACAACAAUAGUCCAUUCCCACCCGUUCCAGACCAAAACACAUUUGUCAACCUCGGACUCAAUCGUCAUCCAACAUUCUUCGGCUGCAACACUAGCAACUCAACGGCCACAAGUCCACUGAUUGUUUACAUUCCCAACGCCCCAUACAGCUACAACUCCAACGCCUCCACCUUCGAUUUGGAAUACACGGUUGAAGAGCGUGACGGAAUUAUCCAAAACGGUUACAACGUUGCGACCAUGGGAAACUCGACCGUUGACCAUGAAUGGCCCGCAUGCAUAGGCUGCGCCAUUCUGAUGCGAAGUUUUGCCCAGACCAACACGCAAUUUCCAUCCACCUGUAUCGGCUGCUUUGCCAGAUACUGCUGGAAUGGUACCACUAACUCCACAGCGCCAACAACAUACACACCGGCACAGAUCAUCACGCCUUCGAGCUCUGGUGGCCAACUCUUGCAUAUGCCACAUUUUGCCUUCGCUACAUUUUUCACGUAUACACUUCUGUUUCUGGUAAUUUAAGCUUCUGGAAGUGCAGGAUACAGCCGGACAGAUGUGGCUGCAAGCUCCUACCAUGUUUGAUGUCGUGGUUCGUGAGGA